GCUAAACAGGCUGUGCGGCCUGCGGUACCGGAGCCUGGGGAUGGGGAGCCGGGCCUGAGGAGCCGGCAUGGAGCAGAGCUUCGUGGAGGCCGCGGCGUCGUCCCUGGUCAGGGAGUUUCUGAGCAGGAAGGGGUUAAAGAAGACGAGCGCAGCUCUGGAGGUGGAGUUUCCUCGCUCCUCACAAAGCAUCAACAAUAGGAAUGAGCUGAGGAGCGUCCUGCACCUGGAGUCUUUAUAUAAAGAGAAUAAGUUGGCUGACAGACCCCUGAAGACCCUCCUCGAGCUCAUCACAAAGUAUUUUCUCGAAAGUUUUGGGAAAAAUCAAAUGUUGAAAAUGACGGGAGACCGAAACACGGAGGCCACGAAGAUAUUCAUCCGAGGAAAUCAGCGGAAGGAGCCGGAGGCCUCCCCCCUGGACGUGUACGACCUCUCCGAUGAAGACGCCGGCGAGAGCUCCGCCGUGUCCGACUCCAGCGUGACCCACAGGAGCCGCAACGAUAAGCCAUCGUGUUAUCAUAAGGAUCGACCCAAAGCUACACGUGAAGACUACCCGAAAUCCGAGAACAGCACAGAAAGCAGCAGAACGUACAAAGACGAAGCAAAUCUAACAAGAGAGGUGAAAAGGGAGACGUCCAGGGUUGCGGAAGGUCCGGCCGAGGGUCCGAGGCCAAAAUCUAGCAGGAUUGUACGAGGGAUGAUGUCUGGUCCGAUUGCCAGUGUCCAGGAGGAGCCCCUGAAGAAGAGGGGGCAGAGACGCUCCUCUGCAUCUUAUCAGACCGUCCUGGCCAAAGACGAUCCCCUGAUUAAUGGUCGAGUAGGGACGACGAGCAGCCCCCCAAAUCCUGCAUUGCAACUAGGCAAAGAAUUUUCUGCCAAAUUAUUGAUCGCCUCUUCCACUAAUUCAGUGCCCAGGAACCCGUCCGUCACUUCUGUUACUAAGCAACAGCCCCACAGCUCUGCGGGGGAGGGAACAGAGAGCGCGGCGGACGCCUACAGGGACUUCAAGAUGAGACUUUCCGCAGGAGCAGAACAAGAAAAACGUCAAAAGCCAUCGAAGAGUGAAGGUGUAGACGGUUCCAGAAGGAAGUCAUACACAUCUAUUACACGGGAAGAUGGCGAAGACGACCUGCGGCUGGAUGACGUGGAGGAAGAUUUGCUCUCGGAUGAUUCAGCCAAGAUCCCGUCUCUCCUCACGAGAAGUAAAUCUCAGGUCGAAGGAAAACCGAUAGAUUUGCAGCAAGCGACGGAACUAAAGAAGCUGCUCUUCGGUUCGGCUCUUCGCUGCUUCAGUGAGGAAUGGAAAGUUCAGAGUUUUACUUUCAGUAACACCAAGAACCUGAAGUACGGCAUUGUACAGAAAAAGGGUGGCCCCUGCGGGGUCCUGGCUGCCGUUCAGGCCUGUGUGCUGAAGCAUCUGCUAUUUGGGAAGCAGUCUGAUGUCAGCCGGCCUCUGCAGCCUUCGGACGCUCUCAGGACUAGCUGUCUCUAUAAGGCCCUCGCCGAUGUCUUGUGGCGGGCGGGAGAUGGAAAGGAGGCGGUCGUCACAUUGUCGUCUGGGAGGCAGCAGUUCAGUCCAGCUGGAAGAUAUAAAGCCGAUGGAAUCCUAGAAAGUCUCAUCCUGUACAGAUUCAGAAAAUCCGAAGACCUGGUGACCUUCCUGCAGCAGAACAUUAAUCAGUUUGAGCGCGGUCCCUUCGGAUGCAUCUUGUUCACCGUCUCCGUCGUCUUCUCCAGAGCAGUUGAACUGGUUCAGAAAGAUUUUGACGUCCCAACAAACUGCCUAAUUGGUGCUCACGCCUACUGCACCCAGGAGCUGGUGAACCUUAUAUUGGGCGGCAGAGCCGUGUCUAAUGUCUUCAAUGACGUGAUGGAGCUGGACUCCGGCGACGGGCACGUGACGCUCCUGAGAGGGAUCCCCUGCCGCAGUGACAUCGGGCUGCUGUCUCUCUUUGAACACUACAAUGUGUGUCAGGUGGGCUCUUACCUGAAGACCCCCAAGUAUCCCAUCUGGGUGGUCUGCAGCGAAAGUCACUUCAGCGUCCUGUUCUGCUUGAAAAAAGAGUUGACGAGCGACUGGAAAGCCGAGCGAAGAUUCGACCUUUUCUGUUACGACGGGCUGGCCAAUCAGCAGGAGGAGAUUCGCCUCACCGUCGACACAUCUGGUACCUACAUAGAAGAUAAAGACAACGAUCUCAUUCCACCCCUCGAAUAUUGUAUCAGAACCAAGUGGAGGGGCGCAGUUGUGGACUGGAAUGGCACAGACCCCAUCCUAUAAAUCUGCAUCGUCCGCUACACCAUGAGAUGACUCCCGGGGCCAAGCAGACGCUCGCGUGGCCUUUCCUCAGGGGACGCUGACGCGCUUGGCGAUUGUCUUGCAAGUAAAGGCGCGAGUCCGUGAGGCUGUAAAACACCCCCAGAUAAUAGUCAGGGCCUGUGACCAUCUGUAGAGAAAAGGUCAGGAUAUUGGAAAGCGUCUACCGAUGUAGCAGAGCUGACUUUGUCUUCAGCUCCUUGGGGCUGCCUGUGCUUCUUGAGAACUUAAAAUAAUUCAGAAGGUUAACCUGCAGUCCUGUGUAAAAGCAGAGACGAGGAUAGAUACUACUGCACGCGUUGACCCCUGACCUCUGCAACAUCUGACAAACUCAACCCUGCUUCAUCUAUACGUUAUACAUUGCAGGUGUGACUUGGAAAGUGUUUAUAACACCAAAUUAUCCCCAAGUUGUCUUGAAAAUGUAUUCAUACCCUUUGAACUUUUCCAAUAUUUUUUCACGUUGUCUCCACACAUUGAAAUGUAUUUUAUUGGGAUUUUAUGUGAUCGACCAACACAAAGCACAAGUCUGUGAGA